AUGGCCAUGUUUUGGCUGCGAUUAGUAUGUGCUUUUGCAAUGUGUGCGCUAGCUACACAUGUUGUGGCCGCUAACGAUAAUCAUUAUGAUUACACUUCACAACCUCCACCAAGUUAUGAUUAUAUACCGCCGUCGCCUUAUGUUUAUAAAUCACCACCACCACCACCACCUUCGCCAUCACCUCCACCUCCCUAUGUAUAUAAAUCACCACCUCCACCAUCUCCUUCGCCACCACCAUCAUACGUUUAUGAAUCGCCACCACCGCCUUCCCCAUCACCACCACCUCCAUACGUUUAUAAAUCACCACCACCACCUCCCUAUGUCUACAAAUCACCACCACCACCUUCUCCAUCACCUCCGCCUCUGUAUUCACCACCUCCACCAUCUCCUUCGCCACCACCUCCAUACAUUUAUGUAUCACCACCACCGCCAUACGUUUAUAAAUCACCACCACCACCUUCUCCUUCACCUCCGCCUCCCUAUGUCUAUAAAUCACCACCACCACCAUCUCCUUCGCCACCACCUCCAUACGUUUAUAAAUCACCACCACCACCUUCUCCUUCACCUCCACCUCCCUAUGUCUAUAAAUCACCACCACCACCAUCUCCUUCACCACCACCUCCAUACGUUUAUAAAUCACCACCACCACCUUCCCCAUCACCUCCACCUCCCUAUGUCUAUAAAUCACCACCUCCACCAUCUCCUUCGCCCCCACCUCCAUACAUUUAUAAAUCACCACCACCACCAACACGUUCCCCUCCCCCAUAUUAUUACAAGUCUCCACCACCUCCUACAGCUUCCCCUCCUCCACCUUACUAUUAUAUCUCACCGACACCACCUUCACCUUCCCCACCACCACCCGCAUACUACUACAGAUCACCGCCUCCCCCAUACUCGUUUAAGUGA